UUACAAACGAAAGUGAACCACAAUACCUACGGAGAAACCUGUGACCACUCUCAAUAGAAUACGGAAUUUUCUGCGACUCACCCGCUCACUUAGCCAUCGCACGAUCCGAGGUACGAACUGUUACGAAGCGACGACCGACCAACGAGACCGCAGCCCGUCAUGGCCGCGCGCAGCAGCACCAUGAUCCUGAGCAGAGCUCUGCGCUCUCAGCACACAACACAGAUGCCCCGCGCAGCAUCGCGGCUCUACUCGACAUCCGUAGAUGGCGAGAAGAGGCCAUCCAUUGUGGGAACAUUCUACAAAACGUUUACCCGGCCUGUCCUCAAAGUUCUCCUGAUGGCGACCCUCACAUAUCAAAUUGCCUACUGGACCUGGACGAAGCUGGAACAGGACGAAAUCCGCGGCGAGAAGAGUAAGGAGAUUGAGAGUCUCGAGGCAAAGGUCGCAGAGUUGCAGGCAGGGAAGGGAACGAAGGCCUAGAGACAUGGCGAGGGCGAAUGGAAGAGAUCCGAGACGAAUCAGAGAGACGAACGGAAUCAGUUGCGGUCUCCUAGGAUCACAAAGGCCGAGGUCGGCACGAGAAAAUGGAGCCGGACGCCUUAGAUUGGCGGAGGAGAACGUCGCUUCCACUCUCACCGCAGGGAAGACGUGGUUGCUUAUGAGCAAUGCCGAUUCGCCAUACGUUCCAGAAAGGCCGUAUCAAGGUCUAACGGCCAAGUACGUGAGCGACACUCACGAGGUGGGGACUCUUGACUGUUAUCAAGGACUGGAUACGUGCUUGGAAUGGGUCUGAGCAGUAUUACGUCGAGUGUAAAAUAUUGUACUCUACUGUUAGCAGGUUUCUAUUGUCCUGCAAGGAUAUCAAGUUGGUCCCCUCAAAAUUCACAGACGAACGUAGAUAGAGAA